AUCCAUCCCAUCCCCCACGUACCGCAAUAGCCAUUUUUACAAUCUCAAAGCGUUCUCUCUCGUUUCUCUUUGUUUUCUCUGAGAGAGACUCUUUUUUGGCAGAAGGAGAGAGAGACGGCGAGAAAUGGCAGUUGCUAGGGUUUCGUUUAUUGUGUUUGCGGUCAUUGCGGCUUUAUACGGCAUUAUUUUGCCGGCCGCACAUGCUCAAUCUCCAGCUCCGGCUCCUGCGCCUACGAGCGACGGGACGGCAAUAGACCAAGGAAUAGCGUAUGUUCUUAUGCUAGUGGCAUUGGUGCUGACAUAUCUCAUUCACUAAACUCCUCCACUUUGUCUACAUUGCUGCCUCGAAUUUCUGAAAUUUUUUGGAGCUUGAUCAUCAUAGUGGUAUAUUAGGGGAAGAUGAAUGGUGGUUUUGAAGGAAGUAGUUUGUAUUUGAGUUUGUGGAACAAGAGUAGAGAUUUGAUUUGGAUAUAUUCUUCUAUCAAUUUCAAAUAAAAAUCCCAUAACGCAGUUUGCCUUCUC